UAUAUAUAUGGAGUGUCCUGUGUUGGAUCCGCAAUGGCUACUGCUCCAUAUACCCUAGGAGGAGAAGGACUUGAAGCCCACAUUAUGGAUUUCUUAAACAGUGACUCCAUCGAACAAGGUCAUUUCGUGGAGAGGAAUACCAGCAUUCCUUCUAUACCAUUCUCUUCCUUCAGCAUUCCACUCGAUCUCAUUCAAGGAGAAAAAGAGGACAAUGCCUAUGCCGCUCUACUUAAAGAUCACACGGCAAAUUCUACUGCUACUGCUGCUCCUUAUCUAAGUAGAACAAGUCGAACUGAAUCUUCCAGUAGUCACAGUAGGAAGGAAAAUGCUCAAUCGACCAAAAGGAAGUUCCUCGUCGACAUCGACUCUCAAAAUGGCGUUGACUCGGAAGACGAGUUUGCCCACAUAUGCAGAAGACUUGUUUCUCCCAGGAGAAAUACUUCAUCAAAAACACACAGAGCUACCCACGUUCACAAUUUGUCUGAAAAGAGGCGAAGGAACAGAAUCAAUGAGAAAAUGAAGGCGCUUCAACUUUUGAUUCCUAAUUCUCAGAAGACAGACAAAGCUUCCAUUCUCGACGAAGCAAUCGAGUACAUCGAACAGCUUCAACUUCAAGUACAAAUGCUUUCCUCUGCAAAUAAGAUGAACCCAUCACAUAUCUGCUCGGCCGAUGCAAUCCCAUGUUUUCAGAUCCCACAGAUGUGCAUGAACAUGAACUUGGGAUUCAUGAGAAUGGGCAUAAACAUGACCCAUUCCCAUUUCCAUUCGCACUGUAAUAAUGGGCUCAUCACAGUGCCACAGGGAGUUCAAGGAUUAAAAAUUCUACCAUGCGCUAAUGCAGGAAACAAAGAGUAAUUUCAGUGUGUAUUUGUCUCUAGAAGAUAGUAGAUCUUCAAAUAUUUUUUCAUCUCUUUAAGCUUUAAAUCAUUUUUAGACACGUUAUUGUUUUAUUUUCAAUUGCAAUAGCAAAUCUCUCUUCCAAGCACCGGACAUGUAAAAGUUGAGAUAAUUUGUACAUGACCAAGCCUACGUAUUAAA